CGUAUUUUAUUUAGGUCUGUUAUGGAGUUAUAUUUUUAUUCUGAAAAACUGAAAGAAUUCUUAAAUUCAUCUCUACAAAGUCAUAUACAAAAUUUAUCUGGCUAUGAAAAGAUAAGAACAGUUGGCAAAGGUGCCUUCGGAACUGCUGUCUUGUAUCGGAAGAAAUAUGAUGACUCAUUAGUAAUUGUUAAAGAAAUAAAUAUGCAUGAUUUAACGGCCAGUGAACGACAGUUGGCUAUUAAUGAGGUUAGUGUUCUUUCUUUAUUGAAUCAUGAAAAUAUUGUGAGCUAUUAUGAUAGCUUUGAAGAAGAUGGAAUUCUGAUGAUUGAAAUGGAAUAUGCAGAUGGAGGGAAUUUAGCCCAAUAUCUAUCACAAAUGAAAACCCCUCUUGAUGAGAAAGAAAUCCUGUUGUUGUUCAAACAGAUUGUAUCUGCUAUUAAGCAUAUGCAUGAUCACAAUAUUCUUCACAGAGAUCUGAAAACAGCUAAUAUUUUCUUGACUAAGGAUGGCACUGUGAAAGUUGGUGAUUUUGGAAUAUCUAAAAUGCUGACAACCAAACAAGGUGGAGCUAUGACUGUUGUGGGAACACCAUAUUAUAUUAGUCCAGAAAUGUGUGAAGGCAAAUUUUAUAAUCAAAAAUCUGAUAUAUGGGCUCUAGGAUGCAUCUUAUAUGAAAUGGCUUGCCAGCAGAAAACUUUUGAGGGUUCUAAUCUUCCUGCCCUCGUAAAUAAAAUAGUAAAGGGUCAAUUUGCCCCAGUUAAAGGAAAUUACUCACCUGGAUUCAAACAACUUAUUCGAGACCUUCUUCAACGAGAUCCAGAUAUGCGACCAACUGCUACAGAAAUCCUUGAAAUCCGUUUACCUGCUUUACUUAGCAUGUACGAGGAUCCAGUUUCUAAAGUUUAUGAUGAUGCUGAAAUUUCCAUGGACUUUAGUUACCAAGGACAGCAGGGAACUAGUAAGAGUUCAAGUUCUGAACCCAGAUCUGUUCUGUACGAUGUUAAAAUGCAUCAAGCUGAUAUAUCAUUGGCACCUGUUCCACUUCCUCCCCGCAGCAAAAUUAAAGAGGUUGCUUUGAGUUCUACCCAUAUGAUAGUUUUAACAUCUGAACUUUUAGUGUAUACGUGGGGUGAUGGGAGGAAAGGUCAACUGGGGCAUGGAAAAUUGGAAACUUGGAGGGAAAAGCCUUUAUGUGUGGAUGCUUUAAAGGGGAAGAAUAUUACAAGAAUAUGUGCCGGAGAAGGAUUUAGUGUAUUUUCUAGUGAUAAUGGAAUUUUGAUGACUUGCGGGAAUGGAUCCCAAGGAUGUCUUGGCCAUGGUGAUUGGAAUAUGUGUGUCAAACCAAAACUUAUAGAAAAAUUAUUAAGUGUUGACGUAUCUGCUGUAAGUUGUGGUUCUCACCAUGUUGUUGUUGUUGGUAGAGAAGGUGAUGCAUAUGCCUGGGGAUGUGGAGCAGGAGGUAGACUUGGAAUUGGUAGUGAAGAUGACUGCUGCUCUCCUACAGAAAUUAUUUUUCCAAAUGAUGUGCAAGUUGUGACAUCUUAUUGUGGCUAUGAUGGCACUAUGUUUAUAACAGAGAGAGGCACAUUACUUGCUUGUGGUCAGAAUGACUAUAAUAAAUUAGGAUUAAAUGAACAUAGAGGGUUCUUGGUACAAAUGAAGCAAUUUAUAGCAAAGACUGAAGUUGCAAAACAAACCACUCCUGUAAAAUUAGCGUGGCUUCGUCAGAAAGUUAUAUCUGUGUCUAUGGGAGCAUUACAUACUGCUAUUUUAGUUGAACCUGGUAAAGUUAUUACAUUUGGAUGCAAUAAAAAUGGACAACUUGGACGAGGUAACUUGAGGAAUCAUUCAUCACCUGCUGUUGUGAAGUCCAUGGGAGACAGAACAGUUACAAUGGUACAAUGUGGAGAUACAUUCACUAUUGCAGGUACUUCAGAAAAUGCUGUAUAUUUCUGGGGAAGCAGGCAAGUACUUGUACCAUCAUUAAACGAUCAGCAAAUUUCAAGCAAGAAAAACAACAAAAACGAUUCAAAAUCCAGGAAUCAAGCAAGAAGACAAAGUGAUGAGUACAUUUCAGAAAUCAGUGAAACAUCUGUUUCUGAAAUCAUAAAAAUUGGUGAAAGCAAUAGCCCAUUAAUGACUGAGAUUGAACGCAUAGGCCCGGAUUCACCAAUCAUUCAAGUAAAAACUCCAGAUGUGUUAUUUUCUGGAUCCCCAACAUCUUCAAUUUCUAGUCGCAAAUCUAAUUUAUCACACUCAGAUGACGACAGAGAUAAUUUUAUCGACUCUUGUAGUGGAAGAAAAGAUGUCAUCUUGCAACCUAAAGAAAUUUUAGCUUUAUAUGCAUCACCUGCUCAAAUAGCUAAAGGUGAGAUGGUAAGCUUGGCAAAUGUUUUCUGCUUUGGAAUGCAAGUUUACCUAGUGGUAGAUACAACAGCCCCAUUACCAAGGGCGCAAAGUAAAAAAAGCAAAGUAAAAAAUAAUGCUGAGAAUCAUCAUCAUCCUGUUCAAGUUCCACAGUCUGCCCCUAAAAAUGAAUCAAAAGCUUCUGUACCUGAAGAAGAUAGUCUUGGACCUAUUCCAGAAUGGUUAAAAAUGGAAUUAGCUAAUGCAGUUUCAUCAACAGCUAUUAAAAAGAACAUUACAACUACAAGCAUUGGCAAUGUUCAAGAUAAACAAGAUACUCCUCAACAGCACAAACCUGCUAAUAAUAAAAAUUUUCAGCAUAUUAAAGUAAAGCCUUUUCCAUUUGAAACAGAAAGCAAAGUUCAAGAUACUGGUUCUCGAAGGAAACCAUUAGAUGCAACUGAAUGUGAUACUGAAGUUCAGAAUUUAGAAAUGAAUCGAAGUAAUGGUGUUUUGAGUAAUGAGAGAGAAAGAGAAUUAGAGAAUGAAAUUCUGAAGUUAAAAGAAGAACUAAAAAAAUAUCAGGAAUCAUCUGAUAAGAAAGAGCAGUCAGUUGACUAUGAAGUUUUAGAAGAUUAUAGAGACAGACCAGUAUCUAAAAAGAGUUUCUGGUCCCGUAGAGGAAGUCAAACUUCAAAAGCUAAAUUUCGCAGCAAAAUUUGUAAUAUACAAUAAUGAAAUGAUGUAUAUAAUUGUACAUAUUGUUAACGAAUAAAAUUUUAUCUUUUGUUA